CUGCUAGAUGCUUCCUGGAUCUUGAGCGUCAUUGUGUUUCUUUGACACCCCCACCCCCACCCGCGUGCACCCAUACGCCAUUGUGCCGUCGCUAACUGCUGCUGCUGCUGUGCUGAGCCAAAGUGUCGGUGACGUGAUGAUACCGAUUACGAUUAUCACGGGGUUCCUGGGCUCUGGGAAAACGACCCUCAUUCUCAACCUCAUCCCCCAACUGCCCCCGUCGUACAAGCUCGCGCUUCUCAAGAACGAAUACGGCGAUGUCAAGGUCGAUACUGCGCUCGCGUCGUCUGCCGCCAUCUCGGGCGUGCAAGAACUGCUCAACGGCUGCAUAUGCUGCAACCUCGUCGGCCAGCUGUCUGACGCGCUCGAGACGCUCGCCCGCGAUGUAUCGCCCGACCGCAUUGUAAUCGAGACGUCUGGAUCCGCCUUCCCCGCUACGCUGGCCAUGGAGGUGAACCGGUUGAGCCGCGAGACGGGCAAAUACGUGCUCGACGGAGUCAUGAGCGUGAUUGACGUGGAGAACUGGAAGGGCUACGAAGACACGAGUUACACGGCCAAGAUGCAAGCGCGAUAUACAGAUCUGAUUGUGCUGAACAAGCACGAGCUGGUUAGUGAGCGCCGGCUCGAAGACGUCGAGGAUGCGAUUCUGGCGCUGGAAGUGGAGCCCCCGAUUCCGAGGACCAAGAGCAGCAAGGGGUGGGUAGGCAAGGAUAUUGUGUUUGGGCUUGAUGCAAGGCUUGCGGGCAUCACGGAGGAAACCAAGGCGGAUGCCAAGAUUCAUGAGCAGCAUGAUCAUGGUCACUCGAGUGAAGUCGAGGUCUUGACUGUGAUGCUGAAGAGCGAGGACAAGGCGGCAUGCGUGGAUACGCACAAGCUGGCGCAGUUUCUCAAGGAUCCGACAAAGGAUGAAGUGUACCGCAUAAAGGGUAUCCUGUAUACUUCCACGCCGCCCGAGUCCUCGGAUACGACUCCUGCGUCUACUCAGCAACCCCCUCAGGGCCGGGCGAGAUAUAUUCUGAAUUGGUCAUUUGGCCGUUGGAUAUUUACGUCUGUACCCCUGCCAGCGGGAGAGGAGCCGAAAGAAGAGGAGCCUGUGCUGAAGCUUACUGUUAUUACGGCAAGAUACGAGUCUACAAAGUGGAAGCGGAAAAUUGAGUCGAGUAGGCUAGUGGCGUUGGAGGGUGGGGCGUUAGGGUCGUUGACAGUGGACAAGAUAGCAUAGAGAUACCCGUAGAGAUAGAGCAUCC